AUGAUUCGUUACGAUCUGUUCAUCGAAGUUCACCGUCAACCGACCAUCAUAAAUAUGGCACUCAAACCGGAGACUCGCGACGAGUAUUCGACGAUAGAUCAUUCAAGAAGGGAUGGAAAGUCUCCAGUCAGCCGUUCAUUCGCAUGUAGCACAAAACUGGACAAGAUACGUGUUGGACAACGAUUGUCAUUCCAGACAGCGUCGAAGUCCUUACUUGCUUUGCUCUCGGAUAAUAUUGAUAAAGCAGGCACACGAUGGGCACACUCAAAUUCAUGCAAGACGUGUUGUCCAGUGCACUGCAGUGAUGGGUCUGGGAGCUGGAAUGCCGCUUACAUAGAAGUUGAGAGGGCUCCAAAAACGCACGCGACCAUAGUAUAUCAAUAUAUCGUUUUUAAUGGUCAUUCAAUCAGCCCGCAUGUCGAGUUUUCCCGCCCACCCAGCGGCGAUCUCGCCAGCGUUCGAACCGAGCUGAUGCUCGGUCCCAGCCCAACCACUAUGGAGUCCAACUACAAACUUCGGUGCCUUAUGUUGGGCGAAAAUCACGACCAUAUCUUCCCGGUCGACAUUCGAGACACGCAGACCGUCGGGGACCUUAAAGACUUGAUCAAGGAAAAGAAGAAGCCGGAAUUUGAUGAUAUUGCCGCUCAUAGACUCCAGCUACAGCAGGUCAACCUGCCUGUCGACGAGACGCUCAAAGACUGUCUUGACAAUCUUACACCAGAGCAAUUCUUACCAUCUGUGACUCAAUUGUCCAACCUGUUCGACGAUCGACACAUCAAAGAACGCCUGCAUAUCGUUGUCCAAGUUCAAAAGCCACCUGAGCCUGCCGGGUCUUCUAGACCGCUCCACCUUAAGCUCAACUGCCUUGUGUUGCGCGAACAUCGCAACAAUAUCUUCUCGGUCUACAUUCGAGACACGGAGAACGUCGCGGACCUUAAAUACUUGAUCAAGGAAAAGAAGAGGCCAGAAUUUGAUGAUAUUGCCGCUCAUAGACUCAAGCUACAGCAGAAGGUCAACCUGCCUGUCAACGAGACGCUCAAAUACUGUCUUGACAAUCUUACACCAGAGCAAUUCUUAUCACCUGUGACUAAAUUGCUCAAAGUUUUUAAACAUCGACCCGACGAAGAACACCUGCAUAUUGUUGUCCAAUCGCCGCAUACAGUUCCUGUGGUGCCACAGAUUUCAGUUGUUGGUCGACGAUUGACUUAUCUCCAGAAGAGCACAGGUCCUCCGUCAGCUGGUGCAAAAUUGGCCACAUUCUCUGCAACACAGGAGAAGGAAGAGUACCUUUGCAAUCGUCCUCGCAGAGCCGCGGACUCUCUUCCAGUUACUCUUCUUGAACGUAUCUUCGCCGAAUUCGUGGAUGAUUGUCAAAAUUAUCAACCAACUGCCUACGAUAACGACUUUGUUUUGCAACUUUCGGAAAAUAUGUCCUCCUUCUAUCCCGAUGAGCUCACGCGGAUGAAUGUAUUCAGGCAACUGCUCUGCAACUACGGUAUUCCACUCGAGGCUUCUAUGAUUGGCUCGACAAAAUGUAUGACAGACGGACAUCUUUUGUCCCCCAACAGACAGUUUGUGCAGGUGAUAAUAGAGGGGAAGAACGAGAUCGGAAGCGGCGGUGCCGAACCAUUCGCGGAGGCAAUGUUGCACUACCGGAAGUUUAUGGAAAACUCGCAGAUUGAGAUAGUGAGGCUCCGGUCUGUGAUUCCAUGCAUCCAUAUCAUUGUGUUCGACCUCCCUAUGCAAGUGAUGGCGGCUCGUACUUUCGGAGCUCUGAAAAUCGCCACCGAGAAACUCGGAAAGCUGUACUCCCAACCAAUUCCCCUCCUCGAAGACGAAGAUGCAUCUCUAGGAUGUCCUUAUCCUCGGGAUUAUACCCAUUCAGGAGAUCACAUUCAGCAAUUCUCGUAUGAUGAAACUCAGAGCCUCAGGGAUCGACUUAUCUUCUUCGGGAAAACGGUCGGCGAUGUGGCUGGGAGUGGGAGAAAGAUAUGUAUCAAGUUCGUCAGGCACUAUUCACGUGAGGCCCACGACUUCUGUGCGGGAAAAGGGCACGCUCCGAAACUUAUCGCCUACAACACUUUAGCCGGUGGCUGGAAUAUGGUGGUUAUGGAUGUGCUUGAUAUUGAUGAUGGUCGCUCUGCGCAACGGCCUAGCUCAUAUCGAUCGCUGAGUGCGAUGGCUGUUUUGGACCGCCAGCCGCUGAAGGAGGCCAUCUCAUCUCUUAUCAAGAAGUUACACGCUGACGGCUACGUUCAUGGCGACCUUCGGGAUAUGAAUUUCGUUGUGAGGGACAACAAUAAAGACUUCAUGCUGCUCGAUUUCAAUUGGGCUGGACUGACCGAAAAGGCCCAUUAUCCUAUGUAUGAAGAUGGUCGGGAGAUGGCUGCAAAGCGCCGCCGUAUUUCUACUGGUGAAGAGUCGGCAAUGGACAUUCCAUGAUUCACGCAGAUUGAUUCAUAAUUUGUUGUACAAAAGUCCAAUUUGGUUAAUACCAGUCUGUUUUGUUUUUCAUAAAGCUAUCAUACAGUGACUUUGAGAGAAUAGUGACAUAGAUCAGUUUCCAAAGUUCCGUCGCAUUUGCUGAUCCCACCAGCCUCUGGCAGGAAGUUCCUGGUUGGUUAAUAGAGGAUGGUAGGAUUGCCAGGCGGUUUGGCGGUAGGCUGGAACCCUAACCUAUGCAUCAAACGCUUCGAGUCUAGAUAGCAUAUACAUUUGACUCACCGAGGAUGGUCCGUCACCUUUGUUUUGGUGUUUCACUCUGCUUGAGGUCUUGAGGCCUGGUUCGCCAUUUCGCCAUAGAGUACUACUUAGAACCUCCUGAUCAAAUCCGAGAUGAGUU